AGAAGCCCAGCGGCUGCUGAACCCUGCCCCAGGCACCCUGAGUGCCCUGCCCCGCCGGCGGUGCGUCUUUCUGCUCGCAGAACGUUCUGGAAGUUUGGUAAACCCUGAGCAGUCUCUGAGGACCUGGUGAGCCGAUUGUUGCACCAUUAGAAGCUAGGUUGAUCUACAGACAGAAAGAUGGCUGAAAGUGGAAACGAAAAAAUAAAAUGGACAACCACCAUUAUUAUUAGCUCAUCUCUUAAGAGUUAUGAAGUUGCAACUGCCCUAGAAAAUCGAAGCCACAAAGUUCGAUAUUCAGAUUCAGUGGAAAAUGGAUCAAUUAUAUUUUCUCUUUCUGGAGUUGCAUUUUUAUUAAUGGAUACUAAGGAAUGUAUUCUGUCAACCGAAGAAAUAUUUCUAGCCAAAAUUGAGAAAUUUAUUAACAUUCACCAAAAUAGUUUUUUGGUUUUGUCUGCUGCCCUCCAUGGGCCUGAAGAAUGGAAACUGAUGUUCAGAAUUCAGCAGAGAUUCCUGGGUCGUAACUUACGAAUACUUCCAGUACACAACACAGUAAAUGCUAUUAAUCUUAUGUGCACUAUAGCAAAGACUACCUCCAAACCAUACAUAGAUAGCAUUUGCUACAGAAUGAUAACAGCUAAAGCUUACAUCAUUGAGCAAAGUCCUGUUUGGAAAACGCUUCAGAAGAUACAACUGAAUAGUGAUUCAGUUAACCCAAAUUAGAGUACCAACUUAAUGCUCUUCUCAAAGAAUGUUAAAAUAAUUAGACCUGUUAAAUUAUAAGCAAAUAUCUAUUUAAAGACAUUUAUAUUAAUUUGAAAUAAUAACAUGUAUACAAUUAAAAGUGAUUUUAUUUUAGGAAUUUCGCUGUGAAAUUUCUUUAACGCUGUUUAGCAAAGGAUUGGUACAUACAUAUAUCAUAAAACUCAGGUGUAGCUUCUUAGAUGGACAAGCAUUUAGUAGGAAAUAAAAAUACAGAAUUUUCUAAUCAGUUUCUUAAAGUCAUAUGUAUUUUUUAGCUUUUUUCCCAUAAAGGUAGCAAGUAUUUCUAAAACUAAUCUUUGCAGAUGUUUUCCUAUUAUAACUUCUGCUGGAAAGGUGGUGAUGGGACUGCUCCCAAAGACUCCACCUAAGCCAGGAAAACAGAAGCUAAGAAAAGUCAACUGGCCUGAAUUCAAAACUUUCUACUCAUUUACACUGGUGUGAUAGCCAACUUGACACUAGGAGUUCCGAAAUG